CUUACAGGUGUGGGCUAUAGACAACCAACCAGGUUGUCUUUAUAAUUUCCACGUUUCUUUCUCUCCAAAUCACACACCACUAUUUAGGGCCUUCUUUUUCUCUCUGCUAUUUUUCUAACAUCUUCACCACCAAUUUUCAGUUCCAUGAUUUUCACCAUCCUUCCCUUUUCUCUCUCACUUUCUGUGUACUUUCAUGUGUUACCAGAUUGUCUUUUAUAGAUUCUUCUCAAUUCAGUUCUUUCUCCCCUACCAAGUUGUUUCACUCAGAAAACACCCUUUUGAGGUUUAAGGGAUUGUACAAGGUGAUCCUUUAUAAAUUGGUUUUUUCUUUUCUUUUCUCUCCAUUGAAAUUCUCAGCUGAGAAAGCAAGAGGGUUGGUUCUUAGCUUGGAUCAGAUGGAUUUGCCAACUGGGUUUAGGUUUCACCCAACUGAUGAAGAGCUUAUCAGUCAGUACCUUUACAAAAAGGUUACUGACACAAAUUUUUCUUCUAUAGCCAUUGGAGAUGUGGAUUUGAACAGGUCUGAGCCUUGGGAUUUGCCAUGUAAAGCUAAAAUGGGGGAGAAAGAGUGGUACUUUUUCUGUGUGAAGGACAGAAAAUACCCAACUGGGCUAAGGACAAACAGAGCAACUGAAGCAGGGUACUGGAAGGCCACAGGGAAAGAUAAAGAGAUUUACAGAGGAAAAUCUCUCGUUGGAAUGAAGAAAACUCUGGUUUUCUACAAAGGAAGAGCACCUAAAGGUGAAAAAUCCAACUGGGUCAUGCAUGAGUACAGGCUUGAGGGUAAAUUCUCUGUUCCCAACCUCCCCAAAACUGCAAAGAACGAGUGGGUGCUGUGCAGGGUGUUUCACAAGAUUGCAGCAGGAAAGAAGACCAAUAUUUCUGGGAUAAUGAGAUUGGGAUCUUUUGGAAAUGAAUUGGGUUCCUUUGUUCUUCCACCCUUGACAGAAACACCACCUUCCAUUGUUGACAAGACCAAACCACAGCGCGAAUCGGCUUACGUGCCCUGCUUCUCCAAUCCUAUUGAUGAUGAUGAUGAUCAAAGAAUCCAAGGUGGGAUCUUUGAUUCCUUCAGCAACUCAACUCUUCCAAGAACCCCACUCUCUACUGGUGGUAAUUCUUCAUUCUUCUCUGCUCAAGGGGUUCAAGCCCCAUCAAAUUUGCCAUCACCGGGUUCUGUGUACAGCAUCCAGGACCAGACGAUCCUCACAGCUUUACUUGAUAACCAUGGAUCAUACUUGAGGAACAGUUUCAAUUUCAAACCAGAAGAGGAUCAAACAGAUGUGAACACUGGAUUCUCUUCUUCUGUUGUGACAAAUCAGCAGUAUCCACCUGCUCCAGCUGCAGCACCAAUGGACCUAGCUAGCUUGUGGGGUUACUAAAUUGAAAAAGAAAACCAACUUUUCAGCUGAAAAGAAUUUGGGAAAAGAACUUCAAUUAUUAGUUUAUUCUCUGGAUUUGAUGUUGUUAUUGUUAUUGUUAUUGUUUAUUACUUGUCUGUCUAGUUUUUAAGAAUUACUGUCAAGUUACGCUGUUUUGGUCCUUUUGAUACUUCAGGUUUGCUAUGCUCAUCAUUAUUGUGUACCAGUUUGGAUAACUAGAAUGAGACAUUAUUGUUGAUGAUCU